AUGGCCACGGCUCGUCUCGGCCUGCUACGUCGGCAGGCCGCGGGCCCGUCCAGCACGGCGGCCCGCCUCCAAGUCUCGGCUCGGUGCUUGGCGUCCUCGUCGACCGCGGCCAACAAGCCGGAGGUCAAGACCAAGCAGCAGGCGCACAGCACCACCAUUCCCCUCCAAAAGAACCGGCGACUCAGCAUCCCCUACCUCGACUACAGGGGCCUCUCGGAAGCUGGCAUGCAAAACGCCUUGGCUUCGUUGAAGCUGCGCAAGAUGCCGUACAGCUAUACCGACUUUGAGCGUCUUCGCACCGCCAAGCGCAGGCUCGGCGAGAUCGUCGGCCAAAGGGCAACGCUCGCAGCCGAGCAGAAGUCUAUCACGGCUCAAAUGAGCAAGAUCAUCGCGCAGCAAAAGGUGGCUCAGAAGCAAAAGGCGGCUCAAAAAAGCACAUCCCCCAAGGCGAAAGGGGCAAAGAAGGCCGGGAAAGACGAGGUGGCCAAGGAUAGCGACUCUUCAGCAGCAGAAGCGGCGUCGACAAUAACUACCGACACGGGUGCGGAGGGGAUGGCAGCUACCGGAGAGGCAUCCACCGACGCGACGACCACGGAUGCGACACCCCCUGCAUCGGGGGAGGUGGCAACGUCGACGCCCGCAGAGGACGGGGCGAGCGCGGGCCCUGGACCCAGUGAUUCAGCCGCCGAAAAUGCUUCCGGCGAGGAGCCCGUCAUCGCCUCCGAGGACGCGACGCUCUCCGCUGACGCCUCGACAAAGGAGGUCGCGGCCAAGUCAGAGGCCGAAGAGCUGGGAGAGAAGCUCGCCUCGCUUCGACAGAGGGCCAAGACAUUGAAGGACGAGAUCGCCCGGCUCGUAUCCGAGGACAUUGAGCUACGGCAGUGGAGCCUUGAAUACCGCCUGGCUUGGCCCAACGCGCUCCAUCCCGAGGUGCCGGUCGGGCCGGAGCCAGAGGCCAUCGUGGUCAAGGUCGAAGAUCCCGGCCAGAAACUGCCAGCGUCGUUUGACGUGGUCAAGCAACAGGAGCCGGACUCGGUGCUGCAGCUCAAGCACUUCCCACCCAACCCGAAGCCAGAUCCCACUCGCGACCAUCUCACCCUCGCCUCCAGCUUGCGAUCCGGUCAUAUCGACAUGGCUGCGGGUGUCCUCAGUACGGGCAGCUCCUGGCCGUACCUGAUGGGGACGAUUUCGCUCCUAGAGCACGCGCUGUCUCAGUAUGCCCUCGACGUCGUCAUCAAGCAAGGAUUCACGGCAGUCUCGCCUCCGGACGUGGUCCGCGCCGAGCUCGCAGAUCGCUGCGGUUUCCGGCCGCGCGACGAGAAGGCCAAGCAGACCUAUUUCCUGGAAGGCGACAAGCCGAAGAGCACCGGCACCGGUGCCAAGUCGGACCCGCAAAGGUCCCUGAACGAUCUGUGCCUGGCGGCGACCGCAGAGAUCCCGCUCGCAUCGCUGCUUGCCGCCGUCACGUUCCCGUCAAGCCCAUCCCAACGCCGAGGCGGGUCCCUCGUAGAAUCUGAUAGCCUACCCGUCAAACUCGUCGCCCUCGGCCACGCCUUCCGAGCCGAGGCGGGCGCCCGUGGUGCCGACACCCGCGGCCUCUACCGAGUCCAUCAGUUCACCAAGGUCGAGAUGGUUGUCGCCACAUCGGCAGAGGGCAGCGAGAGCGACGAGGCCCUCGAGAGGUUGCGCGAGAUUCAAGAGUCGAUCAUCGGAUCGCUCGGGCUGCCGUAUCGGGUGCUGGACAUGCCGACCGAGGAGCUCGGAGCCAGCGCCUACCGCAAGUACGACAUCGAGGUUUGGAUGCCUGGGCGAGGAUCCUGGGGCGAGGUCUCGUCGGCCUCGAACUGCACCGACUACCAGGCGAGGCGGCUGCUGGUCCGCUACCAGACGUCUCCAUCCGAUUCUGCGUCGGACGACACCAAAAAGAACGAGUUCGCCCAUACGCUCAACGCCACUGCCGCUGCCAUCCCGAGGCUGGUGGUUGCCAUCCUGGAAAACUAUGGCGUCGCCGACGGCAAGCUGGUGCUGCCGGCCGUGUUGCGGCCUUAUUGGCUGGGCGGUGAUGCCAAGAAGGACAGCGUCCACUGGCGUGCGAAGCAGAGGGUGUGGGCGAUGGCCGAAAGGAACGGGACGGACCCGGCGAGCAUGGUCGUGGCGUUCGGACUGAUGCACGAGUUGACGGCGAUUGUGCCGCUGGUGCUGCUCUUCUACCUGCUCAGCGCACUGGGAGCGGGAGAGGCGACGCUGAACUGGCUCCAAGGCGGGGAGGAAAAGGACAGCGGCGGUGAUGGCAGCGUCCAGGAGGCCGGUCUGGUCGCAGGCUACAUUCGCGCCUGGAUCGACGAAGGAAUGGUGCGUGCCGAGCGCUAUGGACGCAAGAUGGGCUUCUUUGGCUUCGAUCGCGACGGUAACGUCGAAGGGACCGCCGCCGAAACGGACGUGUCGGACGACGCGUCCAAGCGGGCCGACGAGCUGAUCGGCUCGUUUGCAAACGCCGUGGCCGCCUACGCGCUUGUCAAGGCGCUCCUCCCCGUCCGCAUCGCCGCUUCGAUCGCGCUCGCCGGACCAGUCGCCCGAACGUGCAUCGAGCCGAUCAAGAAGGUUGCUGGGCGCCUUCUGGCGGGCCGAGGUGCGAAGGCUGUCAGCCGUCCCAUGGCCUAG